AUGUUUUACACGAAGCAACUGAAAAACGGAGUAACAGUAGCUACUGAAGAACAAGAGUCUCCUUUAACGUGCAUAUCACUCAUCGUUCAAACAGGUCCAAGUUUUGAAAAUAGUUGUAAUCAUGGUAUUUCUAACUUCAUUGAACAUUUAGCUCUAUCAAAAAAUGACAUACAGGAGACUUGUUAUCAUAAAUCUAUAAAAUUGAAUUCUGUGACCACAAGAGAAUUCCAAAGAUUUUCGGCCGUAUGUCCGGAUAUACACGUUUCGGAAUGUGUCGAGAUUUUGUCAAAAAUUGUUACUGAUCUUGAAUGGAACGAUGAGGACAUACAUUUGCAAAAAAAGAGAAUAUAUUCAAAAGCCAUUGAUUACGAUAAAAAUCCAAAAUCAUUAGUGUUCGACUAUUUACAUCAAACGGCAUUCCAAGGGACGCCUUUAGGGCAGAGUGUAAUAGGGCCAACCACUAACAUAGCGAAAUUUGAUAAAUGUCUUCUGCGCAAUUUCAUGAAAGAAAAUUACCAACCUCAUCGAAUUAUGCUCAUAUCGUCAGGGGGUGAAUCACAUUGGUCAAUGUUCGACAGAGCAAAUUCAACUUUGGGUUACAUAACGCCUAAUACAUGUUCAACAUUAAAUGUGGGCCCUCAGCGUUACACUGGUUCAGAAGUUAUUUACCGUGAUGAUUCAAUGCCUUUUGCUCAUGUUGCAUUAGCUGUUGAAGUUCCGGGAUAUAAUAGUCCAGAAUAUUUACCAUUAUAUGUAGCAAGCUGUCUGUCAGGAUCAUGGGAUAGAACACAAGGCGGAACAAAUAGACAUGGCACACCCUUAGCACGCGCUGCAUCCACAUCAAGGCUUUGCGAAUAUUUUAAGUCAUUUUAUAUACCUUAUCGAGAUGUAGGAUUGUGGGGAGUUUAUUUUAUUGGCAAUGCAAAAUGCUUAGAUGACAUGGUAUCGAAUAUACAAGAUCAAUGGAUGCAUAUGUGUAUAACAACGCAAUAUACUGAUAUCGAAAAAGCGGUAAAUACGGCUAAACUAGAAUUGGCUAAACGAGUUGAUGGUGUUAUAAAUUCUUGCUACGACAUAGGCUUGCAAGUGCUUUAUACAUCUCAACGAAAAUCAUUAUCUGAUCUUUAUACUGCAGUUUCAGAUAUAAAAGAUGAUACGAUUAAAGAUGUUUGUUUUAAGUAUAUAUAUGACAAAUGUCCAGCAGUUGCGGCGGUUGGUCCCACAGAGACUCUGCCUCAUUACAACAGAAUUAGAUCUGGUAUGUAUUGGUUAAGACUUUAA